ACCAGUUGCUCGCAGGCUUAUGAUACUAACACAGCAGGUUUAAUUUUGUCCGAUUCCUCGUCCAUGCGUGAAGGUCUGCCUUAGUGCUCUCUAUUUACCGAAUAUUAUACCAUGGCAAUCGCAUUGGCGGAAGCGGACAAGUAUGAGAUCCUUGAAAGGAUAGGGAGCGGCUCUUUUGGGGUGAUCAGAAAGGUUCGAAGAAAGGCUGAUGGAUACAUCCUGUGCCGGAAGGAGAUUAAUUACAUUAAAAUGUCCCAAAAAGAGCGCGAACAGCUUACAACCGAGUUCAACAUAUUAAGCUCGCUCCGGCAUCCUAACAUUGUGGCAUAUUACCAUCGAGAACAUCUCAAAGCGACCCAGGACCUCUACCUGUACAUGGAAUACUGCGGUGGCGGCGAUCUUAGCAUGAUAAUCAAGAACCUCAAAGCAAACAACAAAUUUGCCGAAGAAGAAUACGUCUGGCGUGUCCUUUCGCAGCUUGCUACUGCACUCUACCGCUGUCACUAUGGCGUUGACCCUCCGGAGGUUGGGUCCAACGUCUUCGGCGCUUUGCCGUCUACGAAGCCAACAGGGUUGAAGGGAAAACAGGCGCAGGUGAUGAUUCUGCAUCGUGACCUCAAACCUGAAAACAUUUUUCUGGGGGCGGACCAGUCCGUGAAACUGGGCGAUUUUGGCUUGUCGAAGCUGAUGGGCUCCCACGAUUUUGCAUCAACUUACGUGGGAACACCAUUCUACAUGUCGCCGGAGAUUUGCGCUGGAGAGAAAUAUACGCUCCAUUCAGACAUUUGGGCUGUGGGUUGCAUCAUGUACGAGCUCUGCAUGCGCGAGCCUCCUUUCAACGCCAGAACGCAUAUGCAAUUAGUGCAGAAGAUUCGGGAAGGAAGAUAUCCCUCCUUGCCUGACCUAUAUUCGCCUGAGCUCAAGAGCGUUAUUGCGAAUUGUCUACGCGUCAAUCCGGAUCACCGUCCCGAUACUGCUGCGCUUUUGAAGUUACCGGUUAUUCGGCUGAUGAGAAAGGAGAAAGAGGUCGUUGAUCUAGAGAAAGCUUUGCGAAGUAAAGAAGAAACUGCACUACAAAAGAUGAAAGAAUUGGAGCUGAGGUGUGCUCAAUUCGACAAAGAAAAGGCCGCUUUGAAAGUGGAUAUAGAGAAUUCUGUUCGCCGUGAGUGGGAGGUCAAAGCAAGGCUAGAGAUCGAUCGACAAGUCCAGAUGGAACUCGAAACACUCCGAAAACGUUUUGAAGCGGAAGUGCAGGAUAGGGUGGCUGCUGAGCUCCAGAGACAAAGAAUCAUCCAGAGCCAGCCGUUGCAAAACGAAGACGAUGCAGUAGGCUCAUCAACCGACGUGUCUCGUUCAUCACUUGGUACCGACGAUACCGACUUCCCAUCUUCAACCGAUCUAAGCUCCCUUUCGCUGGAAUCUCCAACUUCAGACCAGACCAGAGCUGCCAGGAAGUACAACCGAACGCCCUUCAGCCGCGCCAAGACCACGCUUGAAUCUCCCAUGGAUGUGCAAAUGGCGGAGCCGUCACCAAUGAGCAUUGCAUCGCUUUCUCUUUCUCCUCGGCGUAUGCAUCUUGGGUCAACAGCUAGAAAUAUAUUCGCUGACAAUGGAAGAAAAGUCCCUAAAUGGGAUUCGACACUAUUGUACUCAGAUGAUGAAGAUGACAUUCCGGAUCUUCCAUCACCUUCUCGGCCACAGGUUAAGGCUGAUCCAUUUAAGGCCCCACACCGACCAUUGCUGCGGCAGAACACGACAGCAAUGAUGCAGAAGCUUAGCACUCAGCCCAGUUUGUUCCCGGCUAAAGCUACGACUCAGAGUGCGCAAGCGAGUUCUCCUACGCAGUCAGAGACACGUAUUUCCGAAGGAAGGGCAAAGUCGCCGCAUCGGCGUCUCUCUAAAAUUCCAUCAUGUACUAGUUUGGCACUUGAUGGAGGAUCACCUGUCCGCAGAACGGCAAUGAAGCCUCCAAAUUCUAAGGCUAACGCUGGUGGAGAAGAAAUGUUCAAGGCUGUGAUGCAGAGGAAUAUGGGUGGCAGGACACUUGUUGAGCUGGCCCAGGCCCGAGCUGGCGGCAGGCCUAUCGAAGAGCUGAAACGCCCUGGCGAAACCAGAUUUUCGACCACUGGCCUAGCAACAGUGAAACCUGUUGAGCGAGACCCGCCCGCAAUCUGGGAUCCUGAAAAGGACGAGAUGCCGAGCCCCUUUUUGGUUCGCGGGACUAAGAUCAUUCGAAAUCUUCGUUGAAUGUACAACAGAUUUACCAGUCAAGCGAUACGUCACCACUGACUGCGUAAUUACGGAUGUGCGGCGUACGUGCCUGAAAUAUCUUUUUUCGAUAUCCCUGCAACGUUACUCUUGAAAAGCUUGGGCAAAAGUAAUAAAAAUUGCUUGUCUAAAGGCGUUUCUACCGGACACUUUCUGUCUGGCUUCAAACGGAAGUUAUCCGCUAUCCUUUAUAUCGUGAGUUGGGGCCUCGAGGAGUUUUGGUUUGUCGCAUUUGCACGGCGUUGGGGAUCCCGGGUAUGACGGGGCUCGCUUCUUUUCCUCCUUCUCGACUUUCUUACCAUCGUUCUGGGGGCAGGCUUUUGCAUGAGUCGGGUGCUAUCGUUCCUUUCUUGGGGGGUAUUGUGUCAUGAUACGCCUUGUACCAUCGUUUUCCCUUCGCCUCGCGAGGUUUUGGUUUUUCUCAUUAAGAGUGUGCAUCCUGUUCGGUACCAGUCCGGUUAUCAUGCACUUCAGCAUUCGUUUAUUUUUCUCCUUUCCACGACUUCAAGCAUUAUGCCUUUGGUUCCUCCUUACCUUAAUGACACUAAUAACCAUGCCUCUUCAGGCGUACGCAUUUCGUUUUCGCUCUUUUUGUUGGUGGUUCAGUCGGUUUUAGAGAUCCUUUUUUCACCAAGGGGCUUGGUUUCCCCCCUUUUAACGCCCUUUUUCCUCUUUUGUUUCCCUUUUAUUUUGUUUAUCACCAAACUCCAGCUAGGAUUGAAUGACAAUAAGUUCUUC